AUGUCGUCGCUUCAAGUCAGAGGGCCGGAUUUUUCGGCCACAAAGCAGAAAGCGAUUGAAGAUGCAAAGAAAAUGCAAAAAGUGGUUGCCGAGCAGUGCUCAAAAGUCGGAAAGGAUCCUCCACAGUAUCGACUUUCAGAGCUCAUUGGCAAAGGCAGUUUUGGCCGGGUCUACAAGGCCACCUCUCUAACAACGAAUCAGCUGGUUGCCGUCAAAAUCAUCGACAUUGAAGAGAGUGACACAGUUAACCCGAAACUCGCCGAUACAUAUAGCGACUUGCUCAAGGAAAUCAGUGCCCUGCAACUGCUCAGCAAUAGUGGCGCCAAGAACAUCAAUCAUGUUAUCGAUGCUCUUCCUGUCGGGCAGUCCAUGUGGAUGAUUACAGAAUAUUGCGCUGGAGGCAGCGUGGCUACCCUCAUGAAACCAACCUCACCGGGUGGCCUUCAGGAAAAAUGGAUUAUUCCAAUUUUGCGCGAAGUAGCCGAAGCUGUCUACUGGGUUCAUGAUCAGGGUAUUAUCCAUAGAGACAUCAAGUGUGCCAAUAUCUUGGUCACGGAGGAAGGAAACGUCCAGCUUUGUGACUUUGGAGUUGCUGGUGUUAUUGAAACCAAAUUUGACAAGCGCUCAACGGUCAUUGGUACACCCCAUUGGAUGGCCCCGGAACUGUUCGACCCUGCGGCAUCUUAUGGUACUGAGGUGGAUAUAUGGGCUUUUGGCGCCAUGGUCUAUGAAAUUGCAUCGGGUCUACCACCAAGCGUAGCUGCAGGCAUGAUGGACUUCAACAGACUAGGCUCAUACCUCAAACAACACAUCCCUCGACUUGAUGGCGACCGAUAUUCCCAAGGGUUGAAAGACCUCGUGGCGUACUGCUUGGUUGAUGACCCUAAGAAACGCCCACCAAUUGAACAAAUCCAGAGACACCGUUACAUAUUCAACACGCAGGAUGCUUAUCCUGCUUCGAGCUUGGCACACUUGGUUAGAGGCUACAAGUUGUGGGAAGCUCAAGGUGGUGUUCGCAAGUCCCUCUUCUCCGCGGGAGGAGCCCAGGGCCCAUCUGACCUCGCUAACUUGGCCUUGGACAAUGAUGAGUGGAACUUCAGCACAACCGCUGCGUUCGAUCAACAGGUGCUCCAAACUGGCGACGCUCAAGCUGUGUUUGAUGUCUAUGGCUCCAACGUUGACUUCAAGCAGGAUGAAUUCGACGAUGCUUCUAGAACCCAAAAACCGAAAUCACGUCGACGUCCGCCACCUCACCUUCCUUCCGUCAAAGCACCACUGGAAAAGCUAUUUGACCCAAAUACGAUAUCGAACUACGAGGACAACUCACGAGCAUAUUAUGGCCGUCCGUUUCCUCCGCCUGUUGCCGAUUUCACCCCUCCACCCCCGCCUCCUGCGUCGGAUUUACCUCUAAGAGACGACUCAUCUCAGUCUCCUGGAGUGAGAGAAUCCCUGAUUGAUCUUGACAUGUCCCUAGACGGUAGCAAUCUCUCCGAGUUUGUUGACCUGAACACAAUUAGAGCUGGAGAUCCCAGGGCAUCGACCGACUAUGACUUUGGAGAUGUCUCCUACAACAAACCACCACUUAGUGACCCGGCAGAUAUGAUGAACAACAACCGCAGAACACGAGAUUGGAAGUUCCCUUCCAUGGCCCCUCCCGCCUCAGCAAACCCGGAAAUGUUCAGAUUUCCGUUCAACGAUGACCAAGGGCCAAGUACCAGCCGCCUGAUCCACCCUCCGACAGAGCCAAUCCAGCCUUCGGCGCAGUUCAAUGACCUUGCGGUUCCCUCACCAGUCAACAACCGAGCGUCAUCAGGCAGUCUCAUUGACUUGGACAUGGGUCUAGCUGAUCCCAUUCCUAUGAGCGACUAUACAAGGCCGUCCACAUCACACUCGGACGUAGGAUCCUUGGCUGGCUCGGAGUUAGGAGGGGCUGAUCCUUUCCAGCUAGAAAAGCACGCCUCUCUUUACCUUAUGCCCAGCAGUAUACGAGAACCAUCCAUCUAUGUAUCUGAUGAUUCUGAGUUUGCAAAUGCCAUUGCGGACCUCUCGCUGAAUAACACCCAGCGACAUGAUCCUCAGAUGUCCUAUCAGCAAACACAGGUUCCCCUGUAUCAUCCCCAGGGACAACCCCAAUCUUCCCAGACCGACGGGAGCACCCCGAGUGAAAGGCCCUACUCCCUUAGCGAGUUCGCCGAUACUGACCCUGAAUCUUUUACUCAAACGCUUGCCGCCCCUGAACUUCAACCUCCUCCACUUCAGCCUCAACUAGAUCGGCCACCAGUUCGGGACGAGUUCCCUCGAUCUUAUCAACAACAACAGCCAUCCCUCCCACCUGCACCUACUGCACCCUCACCCCAAGUUAUGGAAGGCCAGGCCUCAUCAGAACAUGUCAAGGAGGAGCUUCGACGCAUGGCCAUGAGCCUAAGUGAUCAUCUCAGCCACGCGAAUACAUACUUGUCGGGUCUUCCACUUCGAAGAGCGAGCACAACAAGGAUGGAGUCUAUUGAGACCCCUUGA